CUGGGAGAGAAGCAAUGCGCCUCGAGCCGGCACGCAGAUCACCACGCCAGGUGCCGAGCGUCGCUCCGUCUCAAAGCCCCGAUGCGUUUCCGCACGGGGCCGCUGCGCCGCGCCGAUACGCAGUAAGACAGGCGGACUGCCACGCUUGGGGCUCAUGCAGGUGUGACUCGCAAACCCUUCGGAUCAAACUGAUCUAUGCCCCCGGAGCCCUGAGUGGCCGCGUGCCGCGCGUGAGCCCCGGGUCCCCAUGGCCUGCCGUGUCAUCGUGCCGUGCCUUCUGGCUGCUGCCACCCUCUGCAUCGCACGCGCCACAGAGCCUUCCCUCCGGCUGACAUCCGAGCCGGAAUCCGUGACGCAGCGGCCGGGAGGGGAGGUGAGGCUCGGUUGCACGACGGACCCUCAAGGCGCUGCACUCGACUGGCAGUACCGCGGUGGCGGCGGAGACGGUGCCUGGGAGAACGCGGCCCGCCAGGCGGGUGUGCUGCUCGCAGGGAGCGAGCUGCUCAUCGCGGCGCUCCGGCCGGAGCACGAGGGAGCGUACCGCUGCGUGGCGACGACCGGCAACGGCUCUGUGACCAGCGCGCCCGCCAACGUCACGCUCGCCCGUCUGGGCGAGUUCCGCUGGUACGCCCGCCGCGUGCUCGAGGUGGCGCUCGGGGAAUCGGCGGAGGUCCACUGCUCCCUCCCGGAGAGCCGACCGCCGGCGCAAGCGCGAUACAAGUUCAAGCAGAAGUGGCUGGGCACCACCGCGGGGCGCGUGGAGCUCCUGCCGUCCGGAACGCUGCGCAUCUCGAACGUGUCCCGCGAGGACGUCGGCGUGUACCGCUGCGCCGCGUACAACCCCGUGACGCAGGAGCAGAGGGUGCAGCGCGGAGGCACGAGGCUCCGGCUCGUUGAGAGAGGCGGCGGCGCUGAGCACGCGCAGCCCAAGGAGGAGGAGGAGGAGGAGGCGGCCGAGGAGACGGCGACGGAGCGCCUGAGCCUCCCGGAGCUCCCCCUGCAAGACGAGCCGGCGGAGGCAGAGGAGGAGCCGCCGUCGGGAACGCCCGGGUCCAGCGGGGUCCCGACCACCGUGCCUGCCGCCGCCGCCGCCGCCGCCGUGGCGACCAACUCGGCCCUCCUCCCUCCCGAGGCUCCCAUAAUGCUUAGCGCGCCCCGCAGCUCCAGCCCGGAUUCGUACGAGCUGAGGUGGAGGCCCGGCAGAGACGGAGGAGCCCCCAUCAUGGCCUACCUCGUCAAGUACCGCAAGGUGACGGUGGAGGAUCCUGUGGUGUGGCAGAGCAUGCGCGUACCGGCCGACCAGCGCUCCCUGUCGCUCACCGAGCUCGAGGCCGACAGCCUCUACGAGCUCGAGAUGGUGGCCCGGAGUCGAGCCGGCAAUGGGCAGCCCGCCAUGCUCACCUUCCGCACCGCCAAAGAGAAGAACAACAGUUCCCGCAAGCCCGGCAGCGGCCUGCGUCCCGUGAAUCCGUGGCGCCGCCCUUCGAACGAUGACAGCGGCGUCAACAGCUACAGUCUCAACUACAGCCCCGCGGAGCCGGACGCGCACACCGUCCCCGAGGCCCCGUGGGCGGUGAGCGUGCGCUCCGGCGCCAGCGGUGCGGUCUUCGUGUCGUGGAUGCCGCGCGGCACGGGCGGCUCCCCCGUCAGCGCGUUCCGCGUCGAGUGCCGGCGCGUGGGCCGUGGCGCCGGCGAAUGGAAGGAGGCCGCGUCCGGCAUCCCGCCCGCCAAGCUCGCCGUGCAGAUCGACGGCCUCGCCGCCGGCUGGGCGUACCGCUUCCGCGUGGCGGCGCUGAACGCGCACGGCGAGAGCCCCUGGAGCGUCCCCUCCACACCGUUCUACCUCUCGGGCUCCCCCGGGGGGGCGUCUGCCUCCCAGCGACUGCUCGCCGCCCCCCACAUCUCCGCCACGGAGGCCGUGAGCGACACGGCCAUUCGCAUCACCUGGACCUUUGCGUCUGCCGCAGCUCCGGCGCAGCCCGUGCAGAAGGUGACCGUCUACUACCGCCCCACCGACAGCGACAACGACGAGGACUACCACAAGGAGAUCCUGCACGGGAGCAGAGACUGGCACGUGCUGAGCGGACUUCAGCCGGAGACGUCGUACGACAUCAAGAUCCAGUGGUUUAGCACGGCGGGAGAGAGCGAGUUCAGCAACGUCAUGAUCUGCGAGACGAGAGCUGCUGGCAGCCUCCUCGACUUCACCGACCCCACCGGCCGCGACGGCGCAGACCGGCCGGCGCCACCCCCGGCCGUGGACAGCGAGAGCAUGUCGCCGCACGCGGCCCCCAGCCGCGACCUCCUCUACCUGCUGCUCGGCAUGGGCCUCGGCCUGCUGCUGCUCGUCCUGGUCCUCUUCGUCGGGCUGUGGGUGUGGCGCGCGCGCCAACACUGCCGCGGCUACGGCUCGCCAGGCCCCGUGCUGCCCAACUGCAAGGCCGAAUAUCUCUACCCGAGCCUGGACUACACCUCCGUCUCCCUGCCCGGCACCGGCCUCAUCAACGGCGGCAUCGUCGGGCCGGCCAUGAUGAACGGCGGCUCCCCAUCCCCGCCGUCCGUGGGGCCUCUCGACGAGCGGUCGGACGCCAGCGGUCAGCGCGGGGCUAGCGGCCCGGGACCCGGGGCGGCUGCGGCGGCGGCCGCAGUCUCGUCCUCUUGUUGCUGUGGCAACGGUGCGGUGGCCGGGUUGUGGGAGGGCGCCGGUGGUGGCGGCGACGGUGCCGUCGGGCCGCCCUCCACAGGACACCACAUUGGCUGCGUUGGCUGCCUGGGACUGGAGUACCAGCAGCGUGGCCACCACGUGCUCAACGGGAGAGGCUUGUACCACGCGGUGCCACAGGCAGAGUCUGCCGAGUGCAACGACUGCCGGAACUGCAGCAACAAUAACAGGUGCUCCCCCAAGCCUGGCCGCUCGUCUCCGACCCCCCACGAGCCGCACGUGAGCGACUCUUCGCCCCGCGGCGGCAGCGGUGACUUCGACGACGAGCGAGACCGCGGCGGGGGAGACGCCGACGGCAGCGGCAGCGGCUGCGGUAACGCGGCCGGCAGCGGCGGCGACCCCUCGCCUCCUCCGCCCGAGUUGCCGCCGGCCGCCGGAGAGCCGGGCUCCGCCGACAGGUCGGAGGUCGACACCACCAGCGAGAGCGAUGGGGAGCAGCCGGCGGUGGCGGCACAGCGGCGGUGUCCGGGCGCGCUGCUCGCGAACGGCGCCGCCCUGGUACCGGGCGCCCGCUGCAAGAGAGGCGCGGAGAACGCUGCCGAACAGGGUGGCAUUAGGCACGUGAGGGUGCGGCCAGUCUCGGACUACAUCCGACCGUCGGCAAUGGACUAUCAAAUGGACAGAACCAAAAUGCAGAACGGGAGUUGCAAACACACACCCCCCGCUGCGGGGAGCAAUGGACUCUACCUGGAAAUGCAGUUGCUGAAAGUGUCUUGACUUGCGGUGAACGCUUUUCGUGGAGCAAAGGGAAACGGCGGGAGGGAAAGUACAGGAGAGGUGGCGGGCAAGGUUUAUGCAGUGUAAAAUAAUGAAAAAGAAAAGCAAGCAUAUUUAUUUUUUUAUAGUUUAUGCAACUGUGUCGUGUUUGAAUGUAGUUGGAGUCAAAUGUUUUAUUUAUGUCAAAGUGGCCUUAAAUUGAAAUUUAUUGCACAGAUUAAUGUGUGCCGUUCUUCCUCCCCAUCGCUGUCAUUAAAUGAGCAUGUAAACUUGUACAUUGUGUUGAAUAGGUGAAUUGUUACUAGACGUUAACACUAACACUGCCAGUGUCCUAUAUUUUUUGUAUAUCUAUGGGGUUAGGUACCAAUACGUGCAUAUACGGCUAUAAAUACGGGAAUGUAUUAUUAUUGUUGCUGUGUUUAUUAUAACUCUGUGUACAAAUGUACAGUGGUAUUUCAGCACUUACGAGUGUUCUGUAACUAUAACAGAAUCCUCUAAGAUGUUCACGUGUAUAAAUAUAGUUUUAAAAACUGUUUGCCCAAUGUACUGUGUGCACACUGACUAUACUUGCCGUAUGCCUAUACGUAACCUGUAUUACUGCAACCUACAGCGGCAGGAAGCCGCAUCGUAGCCCGGUGCAGUUAUUUCAUUGUGCGGUAUUCCCUCGUUCUUCACGAACUUGCUGUCCGCAAUUUUGGCUGUACGCGAAUCGCAUCUGGAACUCUACACGGCUGCAUCGAGAGAGAGAGAGAGAAAGAUGGUGAUGAGUUAAAGAGAUAGAGAGAACUUCUCGAAGCUUUAGAAGCAGCUGCAGAUGUUGUGCCUACGAUAUUCGUAGGCCGACAUCACUCUCCGCAAAAUGCUCUGUUCUUGAGAAUAUCCGGAACGUAUCCCUCGCAAACAGCGAGGGAAUACCGUAUCUCAAAUCGCGUCUCUCUCUCUUCUCCGCGUCCAAGCCAAGUGGGAAAUUGUCAAAGACAAAGGGGACAGCUGCAUGACACAACCUGAGCGAAUAGGCACCGUUGAUUUCUCACGCACAUCCGUGAAAAGUAAGGGAAGGUUUCACUUAAGACGUUUAAUGCAAUAAGCCAAAGGAUGGGAAAAGUCGAUCUGCGUUCCGGUGGAGGUGUUGUAGAUUAGCGCUGCCUCCUCCUGUCUGCGUGCCAGACUGCCGGCCCCAAAGAAAGGCCGGGUGUCUGUGCUCACUUGCAAAAUUUAUCAUGAACGGUAUCUUUUUUCUUACUUUGUAAUGUGAAUCGGUGUGAUCUAAAGGAGAAUUUCACUUUAAAAUGGCAAUGCCCAGUUGUAUAACAUUCCUCAAUGGAAAUGUCCCUAAAGGAAUGUUACGCAGCUGCCCAGUAUCCUUUUAACUCUACAAUUGCCGGACGAUGAGGAGAAGCUUUGCAUCAGUCUCGUCAAUGGAUGCCGCUGUGUUUGUGCGUGUGUCUGCACACGCAAAGACAGACAGCGUUAAGUGUCGCGGUUAGCGCACUGCGCUACGAACCCCGCCACCCGAGUUCGAUUCCUGCUCACGGCCAACAUCAGUGUCGAUUAUCUGAACCGGUCCUGGGCCUCCCCUAGGUCGACUCGACCUCAAAUUGGUACCUGGUGCGGUGCGUAAUAACAUUUCCACUGGGGAGACAAAGGUGGCUGGGCGUGGUGCUGGCCACCCAUUCCCCCCCUCGUGUGCCGUUCUGGCCUUCAUAGGUGCUCGCUAACAGCACUUGCCCCAACAGUCUGUUAAGGCUAUAUGGGGGAUCCUUGCCUUUGUGCACAUGCACAUGUGCCUCUGUGUUGCAACCUAGCCUGGUAAAGGUUAAAACAAGGUAAUUCUACAUUUUAAGGAUGUGCCUUCCAGACAAACAGGUUUAUAGUAUUCAACACAAUGUUGAUGAAUGCACAGCGCAAUGCUCAACACAAGCGCGAGAGGAUGGGGAAGUGUAUCGGCAUGAGUUUGUGCGCAUUGCAUUGUGGAUACUCAAUCAACUAAACGCAUUCGGCCUUCUCCGGUCUCCCUCUUAUGAACCAGAGUAACCGCCUGGUCCCCGGCCAUAGGAAUGUCGAUUUUCCACCACUGUCUACUGGUGGCCAAUGUAAAUGAGCGUUGCCCCAACUCUCAUUUGAGCAGUUGUGUAGCCGUGGAGCUAAUGGGUGUGAAAUUAAUCACUUGUCGGACACUACUAAUCCUUGGCUGUGGCAAUGGAGAACUUUUUGACUCGAAAUCUUGAAAUGUGGGCUUCUGGUGAAAACUGAACCUGACUACUUGAUGACGAGGUUCGGUUGAAUUCGCAUUACUAGGACAGUGUUGCUAUUGUGUAGCUGUUUAAUAUGUCGACAGGAGUUACGUCUUCCAUUCUGCUGCACCGUAACGAUAUGAGUUCACAAAAAAGCAAUAUUCAUUGAAAUGGGUAAAGCUCUCAUGGUGAUUUUUUUGGUCAUGUCAAGUUAUACAAAUUGUCAUCAUGCAAGUCGUUGUUUUAAUGGUUUAAAAUGGUCCAUAUCGUGUAAAUGUUCGCCGUGGUGGAACCAUGUUCCUUUCAAAAUGUUCUCCAGAAAGCAUUGUUCUUCACGCACACGCGCACACAUUCAGCAGAUAUCUCUAUAAACACGAGGCUAUGACAGUGCGUCGAUUACCCUCGUCACGAUACAUGCAUGCCAUCGCGUGUAAUAAAUUAUUAACAUCUAUUUGCGUAUGCCGUGUGUGUGUGAUUAGUUCAUGUGACCACUGGAGAUGCUGCCUUCCGCCGUAGUCUAUCUUUUUUCACGCGCAAAAAUUAUUUUUCAUUAAACCUUCAGAAUCCUGACGUUUCCUCAAAUCGUGAUGUUGGAGAAUCCUUUCAGACCCGAUAAAAAACAGACCCAAAUGCAUGUGCAACAACAACAGCCAGACGACACUGUGGCGUUCGUGCCAGGCCAGGUGCACGUGAGGCCACGUGACAGACGGGCAGAGGUGGGGUGGCGUCAACAGACUUGGGGUGCCUGGCAGACUCACAAACUGCACUUGCCACUGUGACGACCCGACUGCGUUUUAGUUGUCAGACAAACACGCACAAAGACAAAGAUCCCCUGUAUAGCCUUAACAGACUGUAGGGGCAAGUGCUGUUAGCGAGCACGCACACAUACAUCCACACACGCAUACACACACGCGCACUCACAUAAUGUACGUAUAAUCCAUGUCUAUUUUUCGAUUUAAAGCUUUCGUGACUGCAGGGAUUCAUCUUCUUGGUUCUUUCGGUAAAGUCACGUAGAAGGGAAGUAAUAAA